AGUUCACAACAAGCACAGGCAGCACAUGAGAGAGAGAGCCUACCAACAUGCUUCACACAGAGCGAGCAGGAUGAUUUUCUAUCACGAAUAUGGAUUUAUUGCGAUCUACUAGGUUUCAUUCACUUGCUUUCGCCUUGGUCAUCUAUGGUGCACUAAUCAUAGGGAUAGAUGGUGCAUCCCCUCUGAAAGCGAAGUCGGCGACCCCGUUUACGGACCAGUGUUUCCCCAACCCCUGCUACAACCGGGCCAUCUGCCGUAGCCGUGGUGACGGUUACUCUUGUUUCUGCGUGCCGGGGUUCCAGGGUGAGCGCUGCCAGAUCGAGGUGAACGAGUGUGUGUCGCAGCCCUGCAGGAACAGAGCCACCUGCGUAGACAGGGUGGGCAGGUACGCCUGCCUCUGCAGCCCGGGGUUCACAGGUGCCACCUGUGAGGUCCAGAUUAACGAGUGUCAAUCACAGCCCUGCCUCAACAGCGGGAGUUGUCAUGACUACGUCAACGGCUUCUCAUGCACCUGCAUGCCCGGUUUCCAGGGCGACCGCUGUGAAAUCGACGUUGACGAGUGCCAUCACCAGCCAUGCCAAAACGGGGCCCUGUGUAUUGAUAGGUUGAAUGGGUACAGCUGCGACUGCUCUCAGACCACCUUCACUGGGAGACACUGUGAAACUGCUGCUCCUCCAUGCACGUCCCAGCCAUGCCUCAACGGCGCCAUCUGUGUGGAGGACGAGGGGAACUACACCUGUGACUGCUGGCCAGGGUUCAAGGGUCGUCAGUGUGAGGUGGAUGUGAGUGAGUGCAGCAGCAACCCCUGUCUGUACAGGGGACACUGUAUAGAGCUGUCCUGGCAGAGCCUGUAUGGUUCAGAGCCUCUGCUUCCAGACCACUACGACCCACAGCAAGCUGCAGGCUUCAUAUGCAGCUGCCCACCAGGAACCACAGGUACUCUUUGUGAGGAGGUAGUGGACACGUGUGAGCCCAGCCCUUGUGAGAACGGGGGUCAGUGUGAGAGCCUUGUGGGGGGCUAUGUGUGCCACUGCCCUCCGCAGAACCAAGAUGAGUUCCUGUACGGGGGACAGAAUUGCAGCGAGGCUAUGGUGGGCUGUGAGGGCCACGAGUGUCAGAACCAGGGCUCGUGUUCUCCCUUCCUGAGCGACGGCCGUCAUGGCUACUCCUGCCUCUGCCCCCCGGGCCUCACCGGGCCUCUCUGCCAGACCCCCACAGCCUUCUCCUUCGAGCAGAAAGGCUAUUUGCUGUUGCAGAGCCCAUUGCUGGCCGCGGAGGCCUCAUGCAACAUCACCCUGAGCUUCCGGACAGUGCUGCCCAGGGCCGUGCUCUUCCAGCGGAGCAGUGGAGGGCUGGUCCUGGGACUGGAGCUACUGGGGGGCCAGCUGAUACUCAGCCUGAGGAGGGAGGCCUUGGCUGGGGGUGGGGAAGAGGGAGAGGCCCUGCAGCUUAGGCAGACCCUGGAGCUCCCUCUUAACGUGACUGAUGGGGAGUGGCACUCUGUGAAGGCCGGGCUGGAGGACGGUCUGCUCAGCCUCAGGCUCCUGGAUGGUGGGGUCUGUCAGGAGCAGGACUGUGAGAGCAAAGCCCAGGUCAAUGGCACCCUGGCUGGGGCGGAUCUUCCAGAGUCUCCCCUCCAGAACACUUUCAUUGGCGGGGUGGUGGAGGCAGGCGGCGCCCUGGUCCCAGUCCCGGCCUUCAUUGGCUGUCUGCGGGACGUGUUUGUGGACUCCCAGCUGGUGGUUCCGGAGGAGUGGCUGAGCGACUCGGCAGUGAACGUGACUGCAGGCUGCAGCCACAGGGACCGAUGCCAGGACAGCCCCUGUGAGAACAGAGGACAGUGCAUCAACCUGUGGCAGAGCUACCAGUGCCGGUGCCCCCGGCCAUACGAAGGUCACAACUGUGCUGAGGAGUACGUGACGGCCCGCUUUGGCAGUGAGGACUCUCAGAGCUAUGCCGUCUUCACCAUCACAGACAACCCAGGAAGUGACAUCACUGUCUCCCUCUUCCUGCGCACACGUCGCCACUCUGGCCUCUUAUUGGUGCUCGUCAACAGCACCAGCCAAUACCUGCGCCUGUGGCUGGACAAGGGACGGGUCAGAGUUCAGCUCCACAACUUUGAAACCUUGACCAGUGAAAGUGCGGUCAAUGACGGAGACAUCCACUUUGUGAGCAUGGUGGUUGACCGUGAGCAUAUGGUCCUGUAUGUAGGCAACCAGAAGCAGGGCUCGGUGGAGGUCAGGAUGGUGGACAGUCAAAUGGGAGAUGUCGUGUAUGUUGGGGGUCUGGCGGAGCAGAAGGAGUCAGCAGCGUCCGGGGGCUACUUUAAAGGCUGUAUACAGGACCUGAGGAUCAACGGAGAGAGACUGCAAUUCUUCAGGCUGGACACCCCGGUGACGUCAUAUCCUAUUGAACUCAUGGCUAACGUCACAGCGGGCUGCACUGGGGAUGACUCCUGUAGUAGGAACCUGUGUCAGAACGGAGGGAUGUGCUACUCCAUGUGGGACGACUUCACUUGCACCUGCCCCCCCAACACUGCAGGGCGGCGCUGUGAGGAGGUCAAGUGGUGUGAGCUGUCACCCUGCCCCGCACGGGCAGAGUGUCACAUCCUCAGCCAGGGAUACGAGUGCUUUUCCAACGCCACUUUCCUUGACGACAGCAGUGUGCUGUCUUACCGCGGUAACGGCCGUAUCCAACGCAGCCUGGCCAGCAUCUCCCUCAGCAUGCGCACCCGUAAACGCCACGCCGCCAUCUUGCACGCUGAGAGUGGGACGGAGUUUGUGACGGUGUCUGUGCAGGAUGGCCUUCUCUUCCUUGAGCUCCAGAGCGGGGUGGGGGAGGGUUCCUCCACAGUGUCCCUCAGCAGUCGGAGGAGGGUCAGCGACGGGGAGUGGCACAGCGUCCACCUCUUCAUGGUCACCCCCUGGGCAGAGGCAUCCCGCUGGACCAUGAUGCUGGAUGAGGAGGCGGAGGAGGCAGGGACCUCCAGCAGCGAAGGGGGCAACCUGGACUUCCUCAGGGAGGAGGUGGACAUCCUGCUGGGGGGGCUGGGGCCCGAGGCUGGCUGGAGCCUAGUGGGGUGCCUGGGCACCGUGGAGGUGGGGGGCAUCGCCCUGCCUUACUAUAGCCCUUCAGAGGUCAACCUUCCCCGGACUCAGGAGGAGCAGUUCCUGCGGACAUCCCCCAGCCCACCCAGGGGCGGGUGCAGUGGAGGCCCGGUGUGCCAGCCCAGCCCAUGUGUGAACAGAGGCAGCUGCCAGGACCUCUGGAACCUGUUCAACUGUAGCUGUGACGAGGGCUGGGCCGGACGCCGUUGUGAGCUCAACACAGACACCUGCGCCUCCAACCCCUGUAUCCAUGGCAACUGUAGCGUUCAGGGGCUGGCAUACAAGUGUUCCUGUGAGUUUGGCUACACUGGCAUGAACUGUGAGGAGGAGGUGGAUGUGUGUGAGAACCAUCUAUGUGCUCAUGGAGGGACGUGUCUACAUGGAGUGAACAAGUACGCCUGUCUGUGUGCUGAGAACUACACCGGACCUUACUGCAAUGAUCGUGUUGAGGAAAUUCCAUGGUACAUAGUAGUCAACAUGAAUGUUCGGCCCAAGCUGCCAGUGUCUGUCUGUGGAGAUGAAACCAGAAACUACACCUGCUUCAACUCAGGGAACUGCACCGAGAGAGAGCUGUCCUGUGACUGUCUACCCGGCUUCACAGGGCACCGCUGUGAGCAGGAGGUGGAUGAGUGCAAGUCCAACCCCUGUCUGAAUGGGGGCUACUGCCGAAACCUCAUCAACAAGUACCACUGUGUGUGUGACAUGAGUUUCGCCGGGGACAAUUGCCAGAUCGACUUAACCUCUGAAGGGCUGACCACUGACCUAUUGCUGUCGGUCAGUCUGGUGUCAGUGGUGCUGCUACUGGCCCUGGUCAGUACCUCUGUGGGUCUGGUGGUGGCUCUGAACCGUAGGGCCACCCAUGGCACCUACAGCCCCAGCCGACAGGAGAAGGAGGGAUCCCGCGUAGAAAUGUGGAACAUAACCCAGCCGCCGCCCGUGGAGAGACUCAUAUAAAACAUGGCCCAGUUCCAAACCCACCACUGACCCAACACAGGCUGAAUCUAAAACCGAACAUUUGGCCAUUGAGCCCUUUAUCAAGUGAUCCAGCCACACUGACUGUCCUGGGCCCAGUUCCAAACCCACUACUCAACACGAUGGAGAGACUCAUAGAGGAGACUUUAUCCCAAUAUCAUCACUGGGGUAUUAUAAUACUAUAUGCCAUUUAGCAGACACUUUUAUCCACGUUUUACGUAUGUGUGGUCCCGGGAACCGUACCCACUAUCCUGGUGUUGCAAGCACCAUGCUCUACCAACUGAGAUACAGAGGUCCUUCCUGACCUGAUCUUAAAGCCUGGUCUCAUAGACUAGAUGUAACAUAGCAAAGGUAAAUCCAGAAUACUGAAAUGAGUAUGAUGUGUUACGUUUUGUAUGGUUACAUAAGACAUAAGGCAAAAAGGAAAGUACAGUGGUUGGAUGUAUAACGCAAAUGUCUAGCAACCCAAAUGUUUCGUGUUUGAAUCAGGGCGGGCAGAUUUAGAAAUUUAGCCACUACUUACUACUUUUUAGCUACUUUGCAACUGCUUAAGCAUGUUAGCUUACCCUUCCCCUUAACCCAUUAACCUAACUCCUAACCUUAUCCUCUAGCCUAACUAACCUCGCUACCGUUAGCAUUAGCCACUUAGCUAACGUUAGCCACAACUAAUUGGAAUUCGUAACAUAUCAUAUGUUUUCAAAAUCGUAACAUAUUGUACGAAAUGUAUGAUGGACAUCCAUAAAUGAAUACAUACCAUACGAAACGUAACAUAAUCGUACCAGUUGGGAGUAUUCGGGAUUUACUAUGUUACGUUUAUCCCUGAGUCCAAGUUGGAUCUUAUCGAGGAACACUUGGGAUUUCUACUGUUUUUGCCUCAGCCGCAAAUACAAAUACCUCACCUUUCAUUUGGUCCUCAAAACACUUGAAUGUUGUAGUGAAAUGGGAGCUCCAGAGGACCGCUCUGCACUAGAUGAGGAUAUGCAUAGAUGGACAGAGAAGGCUUCCAGUCUCGCCACUAGAUAUAGAAGUAUUCUGCUUUACUUAAACAUAUAAGAACACAGUGGUCCGAAAAGAGCCCAAUUGCCAUACUUGAGUAAAAGUAAAGAUGGCUUCAUAGAAAACGACUCAGGUGAAAGUCACCCAGUAAAAUACUACUUGAGUAAAAGCCUAAAAGUUUUAUGUUUAAAUGUACUUAAGUAUCAAAAGUAAAUGGAAUUGCUAAAAUAUACUUAAGUAUCAAAAGUAAUAGUAUAAAUCACUUCAAAUUGCUUAUAUUAAUCGAACCAGAUGGCACCAUUCUUGUUUUUUAAAUUUAUGGAUAGCCAGGGGCACAUUCCAACACUCAGACAUCAUUUACAAAGGAUGCAUGUGUGUUUAGUGAGUCCACCAGAUCAGAGGCAGUAGGGAUGACCAGGGAUGUUGUCUGUUUAGUCAGUCCACCAGAUCAGAGGCAGUAGGGAUAACCAGGGAUGUUGUCUGUUUAGUCAGUCCACCAGAUCAGAGGCAGUAGGGAUGACCAGGGAUGUUCUCUGUUUAGUCAGUCCACCAGAUCAGAGGCAGUAGGGAUAACCAGGGAUGUUGUCUGUUUAGUGAGUCCACCAGAUCAGAGGCAGUAGGGAUGACCAGGGAUGUUCUCUGUUUAGUGAGUCCUCCAGAUCAGAGGCAGUAGGGAUAACCAGGGAUAUUCUCUGUUUAGUGAGUCCACCAGAUCAGAGGCGGUAGGGAUGACCAGGGAUGUUCUCUGUUUAGUGAGUCCUCCAGA